AUGGCCCCAACUAAAGCUAGGGCAAUGCCGUCAAUGCCGGAAAUGGCAUAUUGCCUUCAGGGGGAUUCGCCUGACCAAACACAACUUGUCACUCUCAAGGUUCUUUACAUGAUCGACAAUAAAACCACCUUUCUAGCAAGAUCAAGUCUGCCAACUACUGCUAGAACUGCGAAUAUACAUAUACAAGGCUCCGAAGAAUCGAUCAAAGUCGGUGCAGUACCAUUGAAUAUGUGUCUGCGACUAGUCAUGGAAACUAGCCCCGAGUUAUUCAGUGGCCAGGAUCUUGAUUACUCAUUGUACUCGAAGGAUGUCUCGGAACCCGGUGAACCGUUUGUUGGUCAUGGUUUAUAUUCAAAAGUACAAAACAAUGGCAACGUGCUUGUAAGUGGCCUGGUAUGCCAGUCGUUCAUGGGUAUCUUCAACCAAGGUGAAUCCUCUUCUGUAAGCGAUACAUUAGAAGUAAGACUUCGACUAUCCCGCAUGUUUCGUGUCAAAAAUGACGAUGAACAAGCUCAAUCUGGGCAAAACAUUGAACUAGAUGAUCAGGAAUAUUUUCAAAGGUUCCGAAAGAGGAAAUCCGUUAGUAAAGCGUCCAACUCUAAAGAGUAUCCAGUAAAAGCUACUCGAACUCAAUCAAUGCCCCAAACAUUUAUAGGCUUGGGCAAUAUAAAUACCAUCCCACAACGCAUAAAAAUGGCAGAACUAGAAAAAUCUUCACAGGAACUAAGUACUAUUGAUGAAUCUAUUGAGCAACGCUUUCAAGGUACUAAACUACUUAGCAUGUCAACCAAAAAGAGAAAUAAGAAAAUUUUGCCAAAAGCAGCCAACAGCCCCUCUGUAGGAGUGUCUCAAUGCAUUAACUGCAAGUCAACUAAUUCAAGCCAAUGGAAGUAUCAUAAAUCGGGUAUUUUUGAGUUUGGCAAUAGCGGUAUGUUGUGUUUAGAUUGCAACGAAAUGCAAUUGUCAAACGACAUUAAAGGUCUCAGAGAAAGAGGACGCUUAGCCAAUCAGGGAUUUUUGGACGCUCCUUACAAGAAUUCCAAGAAGCAAGCACGCGCAGGUCGUUUUAAAGCAGGAGUUGAUGAUCCCAGCUCGGAAGGUAACAGUAGUGUCAUAUCGUACAACGAACAGGUGUCAUCUCCGACUACUAGUUUUCUGAUAUCAUCGGGAUCCAAGAAGCUCCCAUUAUUUCCGCAACCAAAGGGGAAAUCUCUCUCCAAACCGAAGGGCAAGAAAGGUACAAACUCUCCAGGGUAUUCAUCUUCACCUACGGUGACUAAUAUCAAGGAUAAGACAACCAACAACUCUCUCAUCGAUAACAAUGGCAACCAACCACUUCAGCACAAUAACUAUCAUCCAAAUAAUACUAACUUAAAUCCACCAGUGGCGUCAAAUUCUAGUGCGACUACGUUUAAUGUUUUAGAGGACUACGACUUGCUCCACUUCAACACAGCUCCAUUGACUGAUCUAGAUCCAUUACCCUCCAUUGCAUACACUAAUAAGAAUGACGACGAGAAUGAUAAGGAAAAUCUUCCACCUUCUGAUGAAAAUAACGAAUUGCAAGGCCUUUUGGAUAACCACGAGUUAGACAAGAUGUUUACCGCAUUCUCUGGCAAUCAACGCCCAGGCGAGACUCCUAACUUUUUAUUUUCAGGCUCGCCAUCCCAAUGGAUUGAAUUGGCCUCCCCUGGAAAAGAAACUAAGGGUGAUGAGGCCACUCCAGUAGAUGUAGAGACAUGUCAAACGUUGGAAUGCAACGAUGACGAUUCAUCCUACAAUAGCAAGAAGGAAUCGAAGAUCAGCACAAUGCCUUCUUCUCCUUUCAUGGCAUCCGGCAGGGAUGGUACUUAA